AUGCUUGAUAAUUCAUCUACUUCGACAGACGUUCUCAUCUCACAUGAUACGAUCAAUUCACCAGUUUCUUUAAUCAAGCCAUCAAGUACAACUUUAUCGAUCAAUGAGAAUGAACCUGUAAAAAGUGCCAGUCGUCGCCGUAAACCACUUCGACCUUGGUCAUUGUCUGCACGUGUCGAACGACCAAAUUCGACUAUUCAAUCGAACAAUGAUUCAUUUGAACCUAUUAGUGAUACUGAUGAUGAUAAUAAUCCAUCGGAAAUGAAACAUUCACCUGUGAAUAAUGAAAUAAUAGAUAGUAAUCUUGAUGAAGAUGAUAAUUCAUUGAAUAUUGAAUGGCCUAAACAAUUAUCAACAAUUGAAGAAAUUUUUAAAUUAUAUCGCGUCGAAACGAAUGAUUUAGUGCAAUGUAUUCGAUGUGGUUGUAAUGCUAAUCAAGAUAAUUUAUUUGAUCAUGUUUCUAUUCAUUAUCCAUAUAAGUGUUAUGCAUGCGGAUUUUAUUGUGAUUCAUCAGCGAGUCUUGAUGAACAUAAUCGAACUCAUACAUCUAAUACUCUUCUAAAAUCUACACCUAUUGAAGAAAUUUCACUUCCAUUACCAAUACCUAUUUCAACAUCAACAAAACCAGUUGAAUCUUCUAAUGGCACUAACAGUGAAAAAUCAACUCCAUCAAAUAAAGCAAAAGUUCAUCGAUGUCGACAAUGUUCAUAUGUAUCUAGUGUUAAAGAAGAUUAUUGGGCACAUCAUCGAGUACAUAUACGAGCAGAUAAAGUUCUUGAAUGUCCAAGUUGUCCAUUUGUUACUGAAUAUAAACAUCAUCUUGAAUAUCAUUUACGUAAUCAUCUUGGAUCAAAACCAUUUAAAUGUUCAAAAUGUGAAUAUGCAUGUGUAAAUUUAUCAAUGUUACGUUCACAUAAAAAAUCUCAUUUUCGUCAUUUAAUAUUUAAAUGUUUAAAUUGUUCAUUUGAAUCAAAACAGUAUCAAGCAUUACAAGAACAUUUACAAAUUGAAGGACAUGAACCAUUUUUAGACGAAAAUAUUGAAGAAUUUCUUAAAGAAUAUUCAAGUGGAAAUUUAACAUCAUUAAAUACAACUAAUAAUAAUAGUAAUUCAUCAUCAUCAACGCCACCAACACUUGUACCAACACCAUCAAUACAAAAAACAAAUACUUGUUCAACAACAUCACAAAAACGUAAAAUAACAUUAAAUACAUCUGUACCUAUUCAUGUUAAACGUACAUCAUCAACAUCAUCAAUGGAUUCAUCGACAGAUGCUAUAUCACCUAUAUCAAAUGAUGAACAUCAAAUUGAUUUAUUAAAUCAACAAACAACACCACCAAUAUCCAUUUCAUCAACAUCUGUACCACUUGUUUGUACUCUAUGUGAUUAUGUUGCUGCAUCAAAAGAAGGACUCGGUGUACAUUUAUUUCAACAUGCUUGUAAAAAAAGUGAUCUUCUUAAUCGAUCAUUAUUAGCUAGCAUGACUAUUGAUCCAGCAACGAAAUUAAUGGAAUUAUUUAAUGGAAAAAUUGGACCAUUUACAAAUGCAAGCGGAGCUACUGGACAACUAAAUGAUUUUCUUGGUCCCUAUCAACAAUUUCUCUCGCAACAAAUUCAAGCUCAUUUAGCUUCGACUAGUUCAUUAUCAUCUACAACUUCAAAUGUUCAUCAUUAUCAUCUCGAUAAUAAUAAUAAUCAUGCACCACCACCGCCACCACCAUCUUUACUUAAUAGUGGUUAUUCUCUAUUAUCAUCAUGUAUUAAAAAUGAAUCGAAUGAAAAUUCAUAUCCAUCUCCUAAACGACAACGAAAAGAACAAGCAUCAUAUAAAUCAUAUUCAACAGAUGUUAAUAAUGAUGAAAGAAAUAUGAAUUUUGUUGAUCAACAAACACAAGUUGAUGAAUGGCAAAUAAAACGUUUAUUUGAAUGUUUUCAUUGUGAAAUUAUUUUCAAAGAUUUUGCAAUGUAUUGUACACAUAAACAAUUACAUUAUUCUUCAGAUAAUCCUUUUCGUUGUGCACAAUGUGGUGAACAAAAAGCAAAUAAAUAUGAUUUUUUUGUACAUGUUGCACAACAAGCUCAUGAUCUGACCUGA